AUGAAGCGAAUACUGGAAAAUCUCCGGAACACCAGUGUUUGGAUUCCUCCGGGCGAGAACUUUGUCAACUUUGAAUUCGCAGGCAUCAGCUGUGAUGGUAGUAUGACAGACGAAAGGCGACAACGCUAUCUUCGACUUGGUAUGCAGAACAAGGGUCGUUUUGCAACAGACGCCCAGAUCAUUGCACUAAAUGGGGUUGAGAUAGGGAAUGAUUUAUUUCUACUGCCCGCCUGUUAUCCACGAGCAGCUGAGGAAUUACAUACCGAUCAGGCAAACACUGGUGCUCAACCUGAGAGAACUGAUGACGAGGUGGUCGGACCUGCUGGGGACUCAGUCAUGGAACAUCGGCUAAACGUUUUUCUCAAAUCCCCCGAUGCGAUCAACCGCCUUCUGUCCACCCUUUUGCAAGUUUCCGGAUUGACAAGGGAAUCAGUGUCAGUCCAAAACCACGACAAAACGGAAUUCACACUUGUGUUGACUCGAGACGAAUUGAUACUCAAGGAAGAAGCUUUGUCAUGGGAUCAGUUUGGAGAAGUUCUGUUGAAGAAAUCUACGAUCACACUUCCAGUUUUCACAAAACUGAGUCCAAACUCCACUUUCCGGUCUUUUGCCCCGGCGGUCAAAGGGAAUGUGAUGCGCCAUGCGCGUAAAGAUGAAGGCAUUGUCAACGUUGUUGUUCAUUUGUCCGAUGCGAUUUCCGCCUCAAGACUCCACUAUCAAAUCAACGCCGUUCGGGCCUAUUCUGGGAAGUUGUCAGCUCUUCAUCACGGCCAUCGUUCUCGCAGUAUGUUUGGCAGGCUGAAUCGAUGGGCUCGAAGUAGAAAGAUAUUGUACGUUCAGGAAGUUGUACUGGCUUUCCUUCUUCCCUUUCUAAAGAACUCCACUUUCCGGUCUUUUGCCCCGGCGGUCAAAGGGAAUGUGAUGCGCCAUGCGCGUAAAGAUGAAGGCAUUGUCAACGUUGUUGUUCAUUUGUCCGAUGCGAUUUCCGCCUCAAGACUCCACUAUCAAAUCAACGCCGUUCGGGCCUAUUCUGGGAAGUUGUCAGCUCUUCAUCACGACCAUCGUUCUCGCAGUAUGUUUGGCAGGCUGAAUCGAUGGGCUCGAAGUAGCUGUGUCUCUCGGCGUAGCAAAGAUGGGGAUCCCGAGACAAAGGCACGCUCACAUUCACCUGCUGAGGAGCGUGCGGCAGAGAGCCCAUACGAAUGUAUUGACGUCCCUGUGACGGAUACUAGCAAAGUCAAUAUUCGGGAAGAAUACAACGUCCCUCACACCGCGGUUGAGGAACCACAACAGCCUGUACUGGCUUCAUGUGCUUCGUCUCCUACGGCAACAAAUUCGGCCUAUUUCAUGGGCAUAAAACCCACAAUGGCUCAGCCCGUUUCUCUCUCUCCUUCUGCUGGCUAUCCGGUAACAGCCUCAGCGGAUGUUUCUGGCACCGAUACAACCUCUUACACAGCAACCAAAAAGGCUAAUCGCCCGAAGGAACUAGACGAGACGAUGUUCAACGCGAUGAGGUCAAGGAUAAAAAUGGGGUCCUUGCCGGAAGACACAUCGAAUGGCUAUGAGGAGCCGUCAGCAGCUCUGUCGACCUUCGCGUCGAUGGCUGAUAGAAAAUCCGACCACGAUUUUGAAAAGCCGUCCGUCAGAGCGUCUGUUACCAUGUCCCUGAAGUUGUCAGCCGAAGAAUCACAAGGUCCAUCGCAAGUCAUGGAUACUCGCAGUCCACCAGUCAACAUUUCGACGGGGUUGACUACCACUGGGUCGAAAAUGGACCAAAAGUCUGAGCCGAACGAUGGUUCCGUAGCUGUUCCUAGGGGUGCAGUAGAUUCUGCUCCUGUGACUACCUUGAAACUUAGUUCACCGUCAGCUGGCUCUCCAAGAAUCGAUACAGCCAAUAACGCUUCACAAAAGACAAUACGGGUCGAUAGCAAUUCUUCACAGUCCCAUCCCAUAGCGGAGGACGCCGUAGUGACCGAAAUACCUAUCAGAACGUCACCCGUGGGCUCUUUCGGUGCGGCAACUAGUAAUACAUCUCCUGUGAUCUCCCCUUCCAGCGAGGGAGAAGCAUAUGAUCGGCACAUAUUGGGUCUGCCACUUCAGCAGCCUGUAUCCACUUUCGCCAGUCAUAACACUUUGGAAGACAACGCUCCCUCGUUCACGGCUCAGUCACCGAUCUCUGUGCCGUCGACCCGCGAAUCAAUUCAGUCGGCUGUGCCCCGAACGCCACCAUCAGCUGCUGCUGCUGCUGCUGAUUUCCCAAGUCCUUGCGCGCUUUCGAAUGAAACUACGGCGAAGUCGACUACCUUCCAGUCGAAUUUAGACGCUGUCUGUGAUUCAGGAAUCAUUCUACCUUCGCCGUGGAAGCCUCCACCAAGUACGGACAAUGCAACUUUCGCAUCGGUCACCACCACGUCAGUUUUACCGCCCCCUGCUGCUCAAUUUAGUCCACCGCCACCGACAGACCCUUCCCCAGCCACAUCAUACCCAUCGACCUUCGCUGUUCCUCCAAGCGCUGUGUCAGUUUUUGCACCGUCGCCUUAUUUACCCCAAAGCGGAAUUAGACCACCUAGUAUCAAACCAAGAAUUGGAGGUCCUUCGCCUGAACCUCCCCAGAGGUCGAUUGUUUCGAAAUUACCUGCUCCAGGAGUUCGCCCGGAGCUGAAUGGAUCUGAUCCAUCCUCCACGUCACACCUUUCUACAGCGCCGUUAGUCUACAAGGAUACUGAAGUACCCAAAGAUGUGCACCUGGGUCACACGUCAAACGGUGCUUCUGUGGGGUCUCCUGAGACUAGAAUGAGCGGUAUUCGGCCACCAUCUGUCACCGUUAAAUCUAAGCUAAUUCCUGAACAACAGCAAAGUUUUAUUCGUCCUCCAUCACUCACGCCACAUCUUGGAAGCAAUCCACCAACUACGACGAACGGCAAUGGCCAUUCUCCAUCCGGACUGAGGCGACCGGUCGUCGCUACUUCUGGGAUACCGACUGGAGAGAUGAAGACGGGUAUUCGGCUUCCUUCGAAUGUCCCUAAGCCAAACAGCGCAAGAUCACCGAUCUCUGUGCCGUCGACCCGCGAAUCAAUUCAGUCGGCUGUGCCCCGAACGCCACCAUCAGCUGCUGCUGCUGCUGCUGAUUUCCCAAGUCCUUGCGCGCUUUCGAAUGAAACUACGGCGAAGUCGACUACCUUCCAGUCGAAUUUAGACGCUGUCUGUGAUUCAGGAAUCAUUCUACCUUCGCCGUGGAAGCCUCCACCAAGUACGGACAAUGCAACUUUCGCAUCGGUCACCACCACGUCAGUUUUACCGCCCCCUGCUGCUCAAUUUAGUCCACCGCCACCGACAGACCCUUCCCCAGCCACAUCAUACCCAUCGACCUUCGCUGUUCCUCCAAGCGCUGUGUCAGUUUUUGCACCGUCGCCUUAUUUACCCCAAAGCGGAAUUAGACCACCUAGUAUCAAACCAAGAAUUGGAGGUCCUUCGCCUGAACCUCCCCAGAGGUCGAUUGUUUCGAAAUUACCUGCUCCAGGAGUUCGCCCGGAGCUGAAUGGAUCUGAUCCAUCCUCCACGUCACACCUUUCUACAGCGCCGUUAGUCUACAAGGAUACUGAAGUACCCAAAGAUGUGCACCUGGGUCACACGUCAAACGGUGCUUCUGUGGGGUCUCCUGAGACUAGAAUGAGCGGUAUUCGGCCACCAUCUGUCACCGUUAAAUCUAAGCUAAUUCCUGAACAACAGCAAAGUUUUAUUCGUCCUCCAUCACUCACGCCACAUCUUGGAAGCAAUCCACCAACUACGACGAACGGCAAUGGCCAUUCUCCAUCCGGACUGAGGCGACCGGUCGUCGCUACUUCUGGGAUACCGACUGGAGAGAUGAAGACGGGUAUUCGGCUUCCUUCGAAUGUCCCUAAGCCAAACAGCGCAAGAGUACGUUUCAUCCGACUCAUUCUCUUAUGUAAUGGUUGUUUGGUAUUCCACAUCUUGAGAACGAAGAAGGUAGCGAACAAAGCUUGUUUUCUAUGA